ACACACGUUCUGGCAGUAUCGCCGCGAGAAUCCCCAAACCAAAGUGGGGGAGCCCCCUCCUGAUGGGCUCCCCGGCUUCAACAGCGGUGUCCUGCUCCUCAACCUGGAAGCCAUGAGGCAGUCCAAGCUCUACAACCAGCUGCUGGAGCCUACCCUGGUGCAGAAGCUGACGGAGAAGUACCACUUCAAGGGUCACCUUGGGGACCAGGAUUUCUUCACCAUGGUGGGGAUGGAGCACCCAGAGCUCUUCCAUGUGCUUGACUGCACGUGGAACCGGCAGCUUUGCACGUGGUGGAGGGACCAUGGAUACAGCGACGUGUUUGACCAGUACUUCCAGUGUGAGGGUGAGGUCAAAAUUUACCACGGGAACUGCAACACCCCCAUCCCUGAAGACUAGGGCACCCACCGCCCGGGAGCAGC